AUGCAAAUAUUCGUUAAAACACUCACUGGUAAAACAAUCACUCUCGAAGUCGAAUCAUCAGACACCAUUGACGCUGUAAAACAAAAAAUCCAAGACAAAGAAGGUAUCCCACCAGAUCAGCAAAGAUUAAUUUUUGCCGGAAAACAAUUAGAAGACGGUCGUACUCUUUCGGACUAUAAUAUUCAAAAAGAAUCUACCCUUCACUUGGUUCUUCGUCUUCGUGGUGGUAUGCAAAUUUUUGUCAAAACACUUACUGGUAAAACAAUAACACUUGAAGUCGAAUCCACUGAUACCAUCGAUGCCGUAAAACAAAAAAUCCAAGACAAGGAGGGUAUUCCACCAGAUCAGCAAAGAUUAAUUUUUGCCGGAAAACAAUUAGAAGACGGUCGUACUCUUUCGGACUAUAAUAUUCAAGUUGGAUUAAUUAUUUCCCUAUUUUAUUUCGCUCAGAUUUCUGCAUUAAUUUUGAUUGGUGCAAGUAUUUAUGGAAUGAUUGCAACUGAUGUACAUUUUGCUUCUUACGCAAUACCUCUUGCAUCCUUUAUUCUUGGAUUGUUUGUUCUUUUGAUUUCUAUGAUUGGAUGUUGUGGUGCUGUUAUUGAACACAAACAAGUUUUAAUUGCUUACUUUAUAACUCUUACAGUUCUAAUAAUAGCUCAAGUCAGCAUUGCAAUCAUUAUGUUUUCUAAUGCUAGAAAUGUGGAGAAUAUUCUUGAUAGAGCAUGGGAUAAAGCGUACGUAGAUCAACCAGGUCUUAUACGUGAUAUUGAACAUAAGUAUUUCUGUUGUGGAUUUAGAAAUACAACAGAUCGUGCAAUUCCUAAAUCAUCGCCUGACGCAUGUGAAAAAAAUCCAUGGUUUGGUUAUGAUCAAUCUUGUUUGGCUAGUCUGACUAAUGUUUAUAGAAGUAAUCAAACGGCCUUGGGUAUUUUAGGAUUGAUUUUGGCAAUCGUUCAGGUGCUUGCACUUCUUGCUUCAUUUAUUUUACUCAAAAGCUUGCCAAAUCAUCCUCCAACCGAUCAAGAUUACAGAAAUGAAUAUGAAGGACUUGUUAGAUCUGCUCAUAUCAGAGAUCCGGAGCGUCAACCAUCUAAAUCUACAAACACUGGUCGCUCAAAAUUUUAUGGCAGUACUUAA